AUGUCGCAUCACGGAGCAUCACACGAUGACGAGGAGGAGCGAGCGCGUAUGCAAGCGUUGUGGAAGCCAGAGCAAGCGCGCGCAGGCGGCCUCAAAGCCCAUCGACACAUCCACAUCGACUGGCCGGUCGCAUCGAUCAAGAAGACGAUCGCCAUCGGCGCCUCUGCACCGGACGCUUCGCCGCCCGUCUACGACCGUCCACGAGCGGAGAACGAGGCGAACAACGCAUCCUCCUGCGUACUCGUCACCAAGUCCAGUCCGAUCAAUGCCACCAUUCACAUCCUGAGCGAGUCCAAGAGUCGGCCUGCAUCCGCGGAUUCGUCUACAAAGAAGCUCGCGGAGAAACCCGUGCUCGUCAGCGCCCAGACGGCCUCCCUUGGGUCCAUCACGCUGGCCAUCCCGGCGUACUCCGGCGCGAGACCACUCAAUAUCCGCGCAAAGUCCCACAGCGGCAACAUCACCGUCUACCUGCCCAGCUCGUUUUCAGGUCUGCUCAAUUGGUCGUCGGAAACAGGCACGUUGAAGGUGUCCAAGGCAAUGCAGCAGCGGUUUAAGGCGCUAGAUUCACCUCCGCACAAGCACAGGGGAACGGCAAAGAUCGUGCCCAGCACAGCGUCGGGUUUGAGAGGCGACGUGUGUACCAUUGCAAAUAGCCAUGGGAGCAUCACCGUCAAGGACUUUGAUGAUGAUGUGGCAGGGGAAGAGAAGUCGUGCGUGGUGCAAUAG